CGGCGAGGCCGCGGUGGUGGCGCCGGACGGGGGUCACCGCCGUGGGUGCAGCAUCCCAGUGCGCGGAAUCCGCCGGGGUGCUGCACGUGGACUUGCACUUGCAUCCCCACCCAGGGGACUCGAUCCUGGUUGUCCCAUGCACUUACAGGGUGACGUGACGAUCCUCUGUGGACCCUGAGCGAGUGUCGGCUGCGCCUCAUUACCACCAUUUGUCUCUUUCCAUAUAAGUUAGUGGGAACUGUAGCACUGUGCUAACAACCUGCAGCUUAGCUGUCUUCCAUGCACCUGCUGGUGCACACAAGUAUGAUCUAGAAAGAGCGUGGACUGGCAGCUCCCUCGCCUGAACGGCAGCCAAGGGAGCACGGGGAGAGAUCGAGAUGAUGGGCAGCGUCGGCGGCGGUGGCUCGCCGGAGCAGGACCAGCCCGUGUGCGUGACGGGCGCCACCGGCUACGUCGGCUCCUGGCUCGUCCGCACCCUGCUGCGGCGGGGACGCCGCGUCCACGCCACGGCGAGGGACCCAGUCAAGGCGCGGCGGAUGCUGUCGGCGGUGGAGGGGAAGGAGCGGCUCCGGGUGUUCCGGGCGGACAUGGCCGAGGAAGGGAGCUUCGACGACGCCAUCAUCGGUUGCGCCACGCUCUUUCACGUCGCCGCCUCCAUGGACCUCCACCUAUCGCCCGACCAGCACGACGCCGAGGAGCGCGUGAGGUCGCAGGUGCUGGAGCCGGCGACGAGGGGCACCAUCAACGUGCUGCGCUCCUGCGUCCGCGCCGGGACCGUCCGGCGGGUCGUCUUCACCUCCUCUGUCAGCACGUUGGCGGCGGCCGGCUCCGAGGGGUCAGUCGUCGACGAGUCGUGCCUCAGAGACCUCGGCGACGUCUGGGCCACCAAGCCCAUCGGCUGGGUCUACAUCCUGUCGAAGCGGCUGGCGGAGGAGGCCGCGUUCGGGUUCGCGCGGGAGAACGGCCUGCGCCUCGUGUCCGUCGUCCUGCCGACUGUCGCCGGCCCGUUCCUGACGCCGGCCGUGCCCACCAGCGUCCAGCUCCUGCUGUCUCCCAUAACACGUGACCCGAAGCUGUGCGCGCUGCUGGCGUCGGUGCACGCGCGGUUCGGGUGCGUGCCGCUGGCGCACGUCCAGGACGCCUGCGACGCGCACCUCUUCCUCGCGGACGCGCCGGCCGCCGAGGGGCGGUACCUGUGCGUCGGCGGCAGCCACGCCAUGGCCGACAUCGCCCGGCUGCUCGCCUCGCACUACUCUCCGUUCAACCCCGAGAAGAGGCACGCGGUUUGGUGAUGAUCUCGACGGUGCGAGCCCGGCGUCCCAGGUGUCGUCCAAGCGGCUGCUGGAUCUGGGGUUCAGGUUCGGGCACGACGCCGGGGACAUCCUCAGGGAUGCAGUUGCGCAGUGCGUCGACCACGGCUUCCUGGAGCCGCCUGGUGGAUGUGACUAGUACAGUAUUAGUGUAAAAAACGCUAUCAUAUUAUGAGCUCUUAUAUCAUGAGACGGGAGGAGUAUUAACUAGCUAGUGGCGUUUUAUGGAAGGCUCCGUUAAUUUUCUAUUACUUCAUGAAACCGCACCGUGGUACACUCCCGCCUGAAUGUAUUUCAAACUUGAGGAGC